AUGGUCAGUAUCCCCAUUUCUCAGAGGCCCCUGCACGGGAGGCACCUCCGCCGCCUGCUGUCGUCUCCACCCGCCGUGGCCAUCGCUGCAGCUCCGGCGGAGCCAGAGCGGCCAGAACCGACGACGUCCGCCGCAGAAGCGGUGGUCUCCGCCGUGUGGAGAUGUCGGAAUCUGCGCCACGUGAGGCAGCUCCACGCCCACGCGGCGCACUCCGGCGCCCUAGCCGUCCUACCUGCGGCGAACAAGAUCCUCUACGCCUACGCCCGCCACGGGGCGACGGCCGACGCCUGCGCCCUCUUCCGUGCCAUGCAGGAGCGAGACAACGUCUCGUGGAGCGUGCUGUUGGGUGCGCUCAGCAAGACUGGGGAUCACCGUAGCUGCGUGACGGCGUUCAGGGACUUCCUCCGCUCGGGCUCGCCGGCCGACGGUUACACCCUGCCGGCGGCCCUGAAGAGCUGCAGAUCCACGGGGGACGUCGUAAGCGGGACGGCGAUCCACCAGGUGGCCUGCAAGGGCGGGGUGGACUCGAACGUCGUCGUCGCCGCAUCCCUCGUUGAUAUGUACGCCAAGUGCAGCCUCCUCGGCGACGCACGGAAGGUGUUCGACGGAAUGCCGCGGCGAGACCUCAUCGCCUGGACCGUCAUGAUCGCCGGCUAUGCCGAGGCGGGAAGCCCCGGCGAGUCCCUGGCCCUGUUCGACCGGAUGGCGUACGAGGGCGUCCUCGCCGACAAGGUCACCAUGGUGACCGUUACCUUCGCGUGCGCGAAGCUCGGGGCGAUGAGCAAGGCGGAGGCGGUCCACGGCUACGUCUCGCGUAGGAGGUUCCCCCUGGACGUGGUCCUCGGCACGGCGAUGGUCGACAUGUACGCCAAGUGCGGCAGCGCCGAGGCGGCGCGGGCCGUCUUUGACCGCAUGGAGGACAAGAACGUCCUCUCCUGGAGCGCCAUGAUAUCCGCCUACGGUAUGCACGGCGCCGGCGAGAGGUCCCUCGAGUUGUUCUCCGUCAUGCUCCGGCACGGCCCCCCGCCGAACGCGGUCACCUUCGUCGCCCUUCUCUACGCGUGCAGCCACGCUGGGCUGGUCGACGAGGGCCGCCGGCUGUUCUACUCCAUGGCGAGAGACCACGGCGUGGAGCCCGGCGUGAAGCACUAUACCUGCAUGGUGGACAUCCUGGGCCGCGCCGGCCGGUUCCGCGAGGCCGUCCAGCUGGUGGAGGCCAUGCCGGAGGAAAAGAAGGACGAGGGCCUGUGGGGGGCACUACUGGGGGCCUGCAGGAUCCACCGCGACGUCCCCCUGGCGGAGACGGCGGCGAGGCGCCUCCUCGAGCUCCGCCCCCAGAACCCGGGCUACUACGUGCUACUGUCGAACAUCUACGCCAACGCCGGCCGCUGGGAGGACGUCGCGCGGGUGAGGGGGCUCAUGGGGUGCCAGCGGGUGAGGAAGAAGACCCCCGGGUGGGCGUGGGUGGAGGUGGACGGCGAGGUCCACCGGUUCGGCGUGGGAGACCAGGCCCACCCGCGGAAGGGGGAGGUGUACGGGUUGCUGGCCAGCCUAAGGAAGAGGAUGGAGGCCGCCGGGUACGUGCCCGACACCGACUUCGUCCUGCACGACGUGGACGAGGAGACGAAGGGGGAGCUCCUUUACGCGCACAGCGAGAAGCUGGCGAUCGCGUACGGGCUGCUGGCGGCGGCGGAGGGGACGACGAUCAGGGUCGUCAAGAACCUCAGGGUCUGCGGGGACUGCCACGCCUUCUGCAAGUUGCUCUCGGCCGUGGCCGAGAGGGCGAUCGUCGUCCGCGACGCCAACCGCUUCCACCACUUCGAGGAGGGCUCCUGCUCAUGUGGGGACUACUGGUGA